AUGGGGCGACCCCCGCCUCCUCUCCUCCUCCUCCUCCUCCUCUUCUUCCUCCUGCCGCUGCUCCAAGGAACAGAAGCAGCAGGAAGAGGAAGAGGAAACGCUCCGCUACGGAGCCGGAGGGGCAUCUUCCAGCUGGCAGGGGCCAUCCUCUGCUCCACAGGGCGCACCCCCCUGGCCUACCUGCGCUACGGCUGCUACUGCGGGCUGGGAGGCAGCGGGUGGCCCCGGGACAAGGCCGACUGGUGCUGCUUCCGCCACGACUGCUGCUACGCCGAGGCCGAGAAGGAGGGCUGCGACCCCAAAAUGGGCAGCUACCCCUGGGAAUGCGAGGACAAGGAGGCCAGCUGCGACGACAUCAAGGACGACAAGUGCCAGAAGCUGGCCUGCAAGUGCGACCGGGAGGCUGCCCAUUGCCUGUCUGAAGCCCCUUACCAGCCCACCUACGUCUUCUGGCCACUCUCUUCCUGUGGCAGCCGCAGCCCCAAAUGCAAAGGCAAUUAGGACCAUGACCAAAGCGAAGGGGCCACACAUUUCGUUUCUCCACUCUGUUGUGUCAUCUCAUGAUAAUACCAUAUUUACUCAAAUCUAAUGCUCACCCUUUUGGGGCUAAAUUACCUUUCCAAAAUUAGGGUGCGCAUUAGAUUUGUGCAAUAUGGUAAUCUUAGUGCCAGGCCAGUGCAAAAGAGAAAGCUACUCCAGGAGUUCCUAUUUGAGGGAUGUCAUCUCUAAUGUAGUUGCCAUGGCUCAAUACUAUGCAGUUUGAGGAUUUGUAGUUUGGUGAGGCAUCCGCAUUCUUUGGCAGAGAAGGCUCAAGACCUUGUAAAACUACACCCUGGGACUCCAUAGCAUUGAACCAAAGGAAGUAAAGUGGAUUCAUUCUACAGCAUAGAUCAGUGGUUCUCAACCUUCCUAAUGCCGCGACCCCUUAAUACAAUGCCUCAUGUUAUGGUGACCCCCAGCCAUAAAAUUAUUUUCGUUGCUACUUCAUAACUGUAAUGUUACUACACUUAUGAAUAAUAAUGCAAAUAUCUGAUAUGCAGGAUGUACUUUCAU